ACGUUUGCAUCAAUCGCAGGUGCAAGGUCUGCCCAAACCUUCCCACUCUCUAACGGAAAACACUUUCCCACCAUAUAUUCUCUUUACCCUCCCUAGUCCCUUCCUAGCUUACUUCGUUUCCAUUUCUCUUUGCAUCUCUAUUAUUCUUUUCUCGUCUUAUACCUUAAUUAGAGGGCUUGGUAAAACAACCAAGCAAUAAGCUAGUGUAGAGGAUUGAUCUUGAGUUAGGGUUUUGUUUUCUGCUCUUAUUUUAUAUAUAGUAGCUAGGAGAGAAAAUAUGUGCAGUAGAGGUCAUUGGAGACCAGCUGAGGAUGAUAAACUUCGAGAGUUGGUGGAACACUAUGGACCCCAUAAUUGGAACGCUAUAGCUGAGAAGCUCCGAGGAAGAUCAGGGAAGAGUUGCAGAUUGAGAUGGUUCAAUCAAUUGGACCCAAGAAUAAAUAGAAAUCCAUUCACAGAGGAAGAAGAAGAUCGUCUUGUAGCUUCUCACCGAAUUCAUGGUAAUAGAUGGGCUGUGAUUGCAAGACUUUUCCCUGGACGGACCGAUAACGCUGUCAAGAAUCACUGGCAUGUCAUGAUGGCAAGGAUUCGUCGAGAAAGAUCUAAACAACGCCCUGCACCUCAUCAAACAAACCCUUACUAUAACACUAGCGUUAACUAUGACACAACAACACCUUCUAGCCAUGAUAAGUUUAGCUACACUACUCUUCUCCCUUUCCAAUUUACCGACAAUAACUUUCACUUUCAACGUCCAAGUUCUAGUUCCACAAUGCUUCAAGGUAACAUAUAUAUAGAUAGAAGUCAAUCAGUUGAGUUCUACGAUUUUCUUCAAGUAAAUACGGAUUCCAACAAAAGCGAAGUGACAGACAAUGCCAGAAGAGAUGAAGAGGAAGUCAAUCAAGAUGGUGUCCCAUUCAUUGAUUUCUUGUCUGUUGAAGGCUCCUAACACCACUGCAAAAAGAUCACAUGCUGACAAGAACUAAGUCUCAACCCUGAUCCCUGCAAGUUAUGUAUUUAAGGGUAGUUAUGUUACCUUAUACGAUACAAUACUUCUUUAUAACACUAUUUUUCUUUUCAUAUUUCUUAUCUUUCUCUUUUGUAACACAAAAAAUUGUACAAAUUUAUAGUAAAAAAUAUUCUUUCUCAUUA